AUGGAAGAAGUGAAGUCGCUGUUCAAAGACCAUCGAUGGACUUCGGAUUAUUUUGCAGCGGUUAUUGGAAAGUAUGUGUCGAGAAGUGUAAGUUAGCCGAAAUUAUGACAAGAAUCCGGGAAAAUCGAUUUUUUGCAGAAAAUCCCGAAAGAAUUUUUGAAUGAGUUGGCAAAAGAGUCGCCUGGAGUUGAUGUUGAAUUACAAUAUAUGGUGGGAAAAUUGGCGCCAUUUUUCAAAGAAUCCGGAGAAAUGCGAGCAUAUUAUGAAUCGCCUGAAAAAUUGCUAUGUUGCUUGCAAAUUUAUCAAUAUUUUCAUCGAUCUUCGAAAUAUUUUGGAGACGGAAUGAAUUAUCAAAAUGGAUAUAUGCCUCUUGUUCAACAAAAACAUGCAGUUAUCAAACAUUUUGUGUCGAAACAUGAUGUAAUUUCGGGGUUUUUCACGAAAUCUUCGAUUCCUAAUUGUUUUGUGGAUAAUUUUAAAAAACAAUCAUUGGAUAUUCUUGGAAAAUGUUUGGAUAAUUCAUUUGAAAUGAUAGCGAAAAAGGAUUUCGAACGAAAUUAUGCACGAGAUUUCAAAAAGCUUAAAGGUCCAAAAGAGUCAACAGAUCGAAUUCUUCAAGAACAUUCCGAGAUUUUCGAAGGAAAUCCUGAAGUAGUUCGAGGAGUUUUGACGAAUUUAUGCGAUUGGGAUUAUUCGCAUGAACAAUUUUUCUAUAAUUCUGAAUGGUUUCAUGAAAAAUAUCCAAUUAUUCGAGUCUUCCAAGAUUUUGAUGAUCAAUUAAUGUUUUUGGCGAGAGAUUUGGAGAAUAUUUUGGAUAUUUUGAUGAAGAAAACACAUAAUAAACCAUUCAUAAAAGGAUUGAUUCGAGUCGAAAAUGAGGAAGAUCAGAAAAAUGGGGUUAUGAGAACUUAUAGAUAUAGCGAAUUGGAGAAACUCUUGAGGAUAUGUAGAUUAAAUUCAGAAAAUAUGGAAGUAUGUGAAAAGUUUGCCAUAACAGGGCAAUCGCCUAAAUGCAACUGCCAGACAGUUUUGAGUCAUAGAUCACAGAAACAAAACGUUUUUUUCAGAAAAUCAUUUGCGAAAUAAACUUCUUCGCUCGUUUCCAUCAUUGUCCAAUUCCAACUCCCCAAGGAACAUUUUGCAAACUUGCCGCAUGGUCUUUUUACGAGAUUUUCGACGAAAUUUGCUUCGGAAUGGAUUUGUUUAAGGCUAUCGAUUGGGAUGAUGUGGAAAUAGUGGUGAAAUGGUUCGAAAAAUGGUUUGAUUCGGGAGUUUUUGAUACCAAAAGGAGCUAUCGAUAUUUUAUUGAGACGUGGAAAUUGGAAGAAAUUGUUGACAAUGCUUAUUUGGAAUUGGAGAAAUUGAAAACACAGGAGUUUUAUAAGGUAAAUACUAUUGCAUUCUAGAAGUUAAUUUUUUUCCUGGAAUUCAGACUAUUUUGUUUCAGCUUCCUCUGAAAAAAACGAAUUUUUCGAAAGAAGAAGCGCUGGAAAUUAUGGAGCGGUUAACGGAAAAUGUGGACGAAGAUGAGAAAAUCGAGGAAAACUAUGAGAAUUUGAUCGAAAUUCAUUUUUCGAGAAACGUGAAACAUAUAAGUGCCAGACAAAUUGUCGAAUUCUACAAUGAGAUAAUUUAUAAUUUUUUGGUGCGAAGAAUUCCGAGAAUUCCGAUAUUUUUGGAAAUUCAGGGAAGAAUUGAUAUUUUUGGAUCGGAUUUGCGAAAGAGUUUGAGGAUUUCGUUUGAAGAAUAUAUCGAGAUUUUUCAAGAGUCUUUUAUGUGAGUUUUGACAAAGGAAGGUGGGAUUUGUUGAGAAAAUUCACCAGAAGUUUGUGAAUUCUCAAGAUCACAAAAAACUUUACCACGUCAUCAUAACCUUGUUCAUUUUCACUUCGAAAACUUCCGAUUCUUUGCAGAAACUGUUUGCCAAAAAUGCCUCUCGAAGCCGAAUUAACAGAACUUGAAAUGAUUGCAUAUACACGUCGAGGAAUGGGUGAAUAUGGUGCAAUGGGUUGUAUGUUUGAAGAAGAGGAACCCGAAACUAUUGAAUUGUCCAAAUUCAUGCAUUGUUUUGUUGAAAGAGUCCCAAAAAAUUCGGAUAUUUAUGUGAGACCAGUGGCCAUUUUUAGAAAAGAUCCUGUUUUGAGAGAAUUGUUCGAGAAUUCGGAUAAAGUUGAUGUUGCUGAAGUUCCGGGGAUUAUUAAAGCGAGAUUGGAGAAGCUUUUAGAGUAAGUAUUUUUGAAUUCACGAAAAUAACUAAAGUUAUUGAUUUUUUUCGAGUUUUCUUCAGGAAUUAUUGACUUUUCAAUAUUUUUUGCAGAGAUUCCGAGGAAGGAGUUGUAAUUCGAAAGUUAAGCGAUAUGAUUGAGAAUAUUAAAAAGACUUUCAAAAAAUUAGCUUGA